GGGGUAGAAAGCGCACGGGCCAUAGAGUAAAGGUACUGCAGUCUACGAGUGGAAGACAGGAAUCCAUUUGUCCACAGUUCCAUGAGCUCAAGAUUUUUUCUCCUCAUGGUGGGCAGCACUGCAGCUUGUGGAAGGACCACAAGGACCUGGACCUGGACUGGACGGAGUGUGAGACCGACACACAUCCUACAUCGGCGGAAGGACCGACCAGCAGGACGGGCCACCUUCCAUUUUACACAUUUCCUCUGCCGUUUGCAACCGUCUAACUCCCGUCCCCUACCGUAUCGUUUUCCCGCUUUCUAAAUGCCUGCCAUUUUAGACGUCCUCCAUGCAUCCCAUCGGAUUAUUCCUAUCGCUUCUGCCCCCAAACCCCAACACCAUUCACAUACCCACUGAACAAGUUGUGGACUUGAAUGUCACAGCCUGCUUUCUCAUCAUCGAGUGGUGAAUAGGUAUCCGUACAUGCAAUUCCGAACAUAUCUGCCCGAAUGCUGGAGACAACGAGGAGAGAGGCUUGUGAUUAGAGAGGAGAGGGCAGACAGUUGAUACGCACAUGUUCUUUCACACGACAUUGAUACACAGAUGACAGCUCAGCACAUUAAACUUUUGUAUAUUCAUCGCCACGACUGUUGGGAUGGACAGACCUCAGAGAGAGAAGACUACACGGCACGGCUAAAAUUAGGACUCGCCAUAC